AUGGCUUUAAACCACAUAAUAACCUGUUUUAAUUCAUUCGACAAAGAUCAAGACGGUGGAAUAAAUCUUGAGGAAUUUCGUUUAAUAUGUCAAGGAUUGUUUAGGAACGAUAGAGGAAUAUUUUACACCGUAGCUCCAGAAAAAUUAAAAAUAAUGCUUGGAAUAUUCGACAAGAACUUAACAGGCGCCCUAGAAUUUGAAGAAUUUAUGUUUUGCUGGUACAAUUGGUUUAAAUACAUCAUUCAUCCUCGAUCCGUUUGCAUCGUUGUUAAUAUGCAAAACGAUUAUUUAAAUGGAGUUAUGGCAUUGGCGGCAACUGGUUUUGCUGAAGCUGCAGCUGCUGCAGCUGCUGCAAAUCCUGGCCAAGGUGAAACCGAAGAAGUAGUGAAACAAGAUCAAAAACCGGUUAAUAUAAUUGAUACCAUUAAUCAAAUUAUAGGUUGUGACUUUGAACAUAUAUAUUACGUGAUGGAUCAUCAUCCUUCAAAUCAUAUAUCUUUUAUCGACAAUUUAAGUCUUAGGCCUUUACAUCCGGCGAGCAAAGUUUCAGAAGAAGAUGCAAAAUUAUACGACACCGUGGUAUUUGCACUUCCAGCUCCUUACACACAAAAAUUAUGGCCGAAACACUGUGUAGAAAACUCAUGGGGUUCCGAAUUAGAUAUGGAUUUACGAAUAUCUUCCAAGGGUACGAGAAUUUAUACCGGAACAAAUGCGGAACUUGAUCAACAUUCCGCAUUUCGAGAUAGCACCAUGCCAGUUGACGGAAGCUUUCAUCAGGAAUUGUCCGGCAGAAACAUAACAGAUGUUUACGUUGUUGGAGCCUCUUUAGACAUGUGUGUACGGGCAACUUGUUUGGACUCGCUGUCUUUGGGUUAUCGAACCGUUAUGGUUGAGGAUUGUUGCAAAGUUAUGAACCCGUUAGCUGUUGAAAAAGCAAAACAAGAUGUCAUUAAUAAAAAUGGUGUAAUUGCUCAAUCGGCGGAUGUAAAAAAUAUGACAGAAGGGAAGGAUAGACGCCCUGAAAUGGGUUAUGUCCUCGCUAUUAGAUUAAGAGAUUAUUUUAAAAAUAGAGAAACUAAAACUGAACCUGCUUAA